GAUACGGGCAUCUGCUGCGUGAAUGCAGAGGGGUCGAGGACUGUUGCACACACACACACACACACACACACACACACACACACACACACACACACACACACACACACACACACACACACAAUGUGUAACCACAAUCAGCGGUCUCCGGCAGCAGUUUUCAUUCCUAAUUAUUGACAAAGGCAGGCACUAACAUGGGCUGUGAUGGAUGAAAAGUCCCUACUUUCAACUUUUUGUAAUUUUAGUGCAAAACAUUUUUGGCCGCGGGAUUAAUCGCAUUGUUUGAAAGCGUUCAAAAUAUACUGACAACAUUGAAAAUACAUACUAUAUACAGCUAAAAACAACAAUGUGAGGGCAAAACAAGUUGACAUCGAGGUUAAAGAAAGUGUGCUUUAUCAAUUUACCAGAUUUUGCUUACCCUUACUUUGGACAAAAUCAAUAAAUCAAUAUUAUUGUAAUGCUUUUUGUAUACAAAUCUUAAAGGUGCACUGAGCAGAAAUCGCUCCGCCAUUUCCUGGUUGCAAAAAUUGUAAUAGUUUGCCUAAUUUCAGUUUAUGUGCAAAACAAGCAAGUAUAGCGUAGGGAAUCAUUGUACCAUAUAGAUUUGCCAUAACCCAAAAUAUUGUAUUUUCAGCUGUUUGAAGCUGGUGUACAAAACAAAAAGUAAAAGAUGCUAAAAGUACAUUUAAGAACGGGAAGCAUAGAAAUUGUGCACAUAGAACAGAUCUGCAGCUUAUUAGACCUGCUUUCAAUUAGAAUGAUAGCUCUAUUACUCACAUUUCUAUGAGAAUUUGGUCGUGGCCCAAAAGGUUACAUAUUGCAGUUUGAAAUGAAAGCUCAAUCUGAGCAAAUUAUGAAUUUGCAAUUAAUCGGGAUUAAUCACAGCAAAUCCUCCUAUUAACUCGAGUACAUAAUUCUGUAAUUUAUCCUCUCUAAUGAAAAGACAAUAAAUAAACAUUUGCACUGAAUAUAGCUUUACUUCUGUUUGGAAUUUGAAGCCAGGACAUAUCUUUAAAUGUAGACUAUGGACUAUUUAUCUGUCAUUACAGGCCUUUAAUGUCAGGUAUGUGGGUGUGUGCGUGUGUGUUUGAGAAAGAGAGAGAGGCAUGCAGAUUGGUACUGAGAGGGAGGAGAGAGAGAUCAGGGCAGAAGAGGAAGAAGAGACCCAGCAGAUUGCGGGGUUCGGGUGAGAGAGGCAUGACAUACGGACCGUAGAGAAACCCACCACUCUGACCCUCACAGUGCGCCUUCAGGAGAAAAACAAGCAGCGCGUCACAUCUAGAAGAUCCCUGCUGCGCGAGCACAACUGUCGCGGUGCAGAUCGAACGUCGACCACCACCCAACUAUUCUCCUCGUGCAUCUCCCGUUAGCAGUUCUCUCUGGACGGACCGGUUCUGCCUGGCUGUGUGGAGCCAUGCCACCAUGCCGUUACCGAAUCGGUGCCCUGCCAGCGCUGCUCUGUCUCUGUAUCGGUAUGAUUUGGACCGGCGUCGCGGCAGAAACACAAGCUGAGAUCAACACCACACCUCCACUUUCCUCCCCCUCCCCCUCUCCAGCCAUAGGGAGCACAGACAGAAACUCACCCAGGGGGAGAGGGCCCGAGGCUGGGUUAGGGCCCAGGGUGGGGAGAGGGCCCGAGGCUGGGUUAGGGCCCGGGGUGGGAAUGAGUGCCGCUGGUGAUCUGCUAGAGUCAGUCCUGGUUCAGAAGGAUCAUCUCUUCUCCCAGACAGGGGGAAUGGUCCUGCCCUCAGCUCUGCCCCAGGACCUGCUGCCUCUCCUGGGGAGAGAAAUGAGCACAGGGGGCUUGUCUGGAGGUCUGUCUCUGGAUCAACAGGGUCUGUUGAAGAGGAUACAACCCCCAGUUUCACAACCCCACGACAGCGGAUCACCCCUCCCUUCACAGCUCUCCCAGCCCGACAGCAACCCCCUCACCUCCUCCUCUCAGCCCGUGACACACACACCGCCGGGACAGCGAGAUGAGGUCACCACUAUCGUCACGGCGACCGUGGACGCAGACGCAGACAUGGAUGCAGAAACACCUUCACCGGCUGUGUCUGGCUGUAUGGUGAAUUUCUCCGACCCCGAGGGAUACAUAGACUCUUCUGACGACCCCCCCCUCCCAGAUGGAACAUUCCUACACUGUACAUACACCGUCACUGUGUACACAGGCUAUGGAGUCGAGCUACAGGUGAAGAGUGUGAAUCUGUCAGAGGGAGAGCAGCUGUCAAUCAGAGGGGUGGAUGAGGGCGGGGCCUUGCUGGUUCUGGCCAAUCACACACUGCUAGUGGAGGGUCAGGUGAUCCGAAGUCCGACCAAUACCAUCUCAGUAUACUACCGCUCCUCGCCUGAGGGGAGCAUAGGCAUGUUCCAGCUACACUACCAAAUAUUCCGUCUGAGCUGUGCCCUGCCGAGGAGGCCUCACUUUGGGGAGGUGUCCGUGCUGGACCUGCUGCCAGGGGGCACUGCCCGCUUCCACUGCCAUAUGGGCUACCACCUGCAGGGGGCAGUGGCACUCACCUGUCUCAACACAUCUCUGCCUGUCUGGAGCAGCAAGGAGCCAAGCUGUAGAGCGCUGUGUGGAGGGUCAGUGAAAAAUGCUACAGUAGGGAGAAUCUUGUCCCCCUCUCCCCGCCUGGGUCCCACCGCCACCCAUGACCGCUCCUGCUCCUGGUCCCUGGAGGCCCCCAAUGCACAGAGACUACACCUGCACCUGGAGAGACUGGCCCUCGAACCCACUGACAGACUUGUGUUAUGGAGCGGUCUGGAUGCUGGGUCUGUGGUGCUGUUUGACUCUGGGCGGGGUGGUCCAAUACCAUUUGAAGGGGUGAUCAGUGAGGGUCCAGCAGUCAGGGUUCAGUUCAUCACAGACCAACCUAACCACAAUACAGGCUUCAACAUCCGUUAUGAGGCUUUUGAGCGUGGGCACUGUUAUGAGCCCUACCUGCAGAAUGGUAACUUCAGCACCACUGACCAGGUCUAUGGGGUUGGAGCUGUUGUGCAGUUCAGCUGUGAUCCUGGUCACUCUCUGGAGCAGGGGCCGCCCGUCAUAGAGUGUAUCAAUGCCAGAGACCCCUACUGGAACGACACGGAACCACUCUGCAAAGCUCUGUGUGGGGGGGACCUGGCAGGUCCAGUGGGUGUUAUCCUGUCUCCUAACUGGCCAGAAUGGUAUGGAGAGGGAGAGGACUGCAGCUGGAGGAUACAUGUAGAGGAGGACAAGCGCGUGCUGCUCAACGUACAGCUUUUGAACCUAAGUGACAGUGACAUGUUGACCAUCAUGGAUGGUGAUGAGGUCACCCCCCAUAUUCUGGGCCGGUACGUGGGUGGGGCCGGGCCCUUCAAGAUACAGUCCACAACCCCUGACCUCACCGUGACCUUCCAUUCCGACCCUGCCGGCCUUGUCUUCGGCAAGGGAGAGGGCUUCAUCAUCAACUACAUGGAGGUGUCCCGUAACGACUCGUGCCCGGACCUCCCGGAGAUCCAGAAUGGCUGGAAGACCACGUCCCAUACUGCCCUGGUGCGGGGUGCUCGCAUCACCUACCAGUGUGACCCCGGCUAUGACCUGGUUGGACGAGAGACUCUGACCUGUCAGCUAGAUCUCACCUGGAGCACACAGCCCCCCUUCUGCGAGAAGAUAAUGUACUGUUCAGAUCCGGGUCAUGUAGAACAUUCCACCAGAUCUCUGUCAGACCCUAAACUCCUGGUUGGGACCACCAUCCAGUACAGCUGCUACCCCGGCUUCAUCCUGCAGGACGGCUCUACACUCACCUGCUACGGACGAGAGCCCGGAACCCCUGUCUGGACAUCCAAAUUGCCUCACUGUGUCUCGGAGGAAUCUGUUUCCUGUGAGAACCCUGGUCUUCCUGACAACGGGUACCAGGUCCUGUCCAAGCGUCUCUACCUGCCCGGCGAGUCGCUCACCUUCGUCUGUUACCAAGGUUAUGAGAUCAUCGGCGAGGUCGCCAUCAAGUGUAUCCUGGGAAAUCCGUCAUUUUGGAGCGGACCACUCCCUCUGUGCAGGGCCAACCAUGACUGCUUUGGCAACCAUGCUUUGGAAGUUGCGGAAGCAGCUGCCGGGUCAGGUAUGGAUGGAGGUAACAUGGCAUUAGCUAUCUUCAUCCUUGUACUUUUGCUCUCCGUGCUGCUGGGAGGAGCCUAUGUCUACGUCACACGAUGUCGCUACAACCCCACCCUGCGGCUGCCACUCAUCCACCCACACCCCUACAGCCAGAUCACAGUGGAGAGCGAGUUUGACAACCCACUCUACGAGACAGGAGGGGACACCCGUGAAUAUGAGGUAUCAAUAUGAUGACUUUCUCAACUGUCAGAAUCCCAAAAUGAAGAAGCUUCCACCCACCCAACCAAACCCACUCCCUACCCUUUCUCCUCCUCAGCCCCACCAAAAAGGAAGUGAUGUAAAUACAGACUGACUAUAGAUCUGCCCCUUCCCCCCAUGACCCUGUCCUCCAAUCACAGAAAGAGGAAACAGCGAGAGGGAAGAUGAGUAGGAAAAGGAAUGGAGUGGAGAGGAGAGGAGAGGAGAGGGGGAGAAAAUAGGAAGAGAGGACAGGAGAUACUGGGUGUUUCUCAAUAUUCUUACUACCAUUCUCUGAGCAUGGUUGGAGUAUCAGUCCAAAUCAAAGUAUGCGAAAUGGGGUGCGUAAUUUGCUUGUAAACAUUUCGAAGUGUGCAUCAACGCAAGCUUCAACUGAAAUAUUCCCAGGAUUGUUGACCCAAUCACAUAAAAAACAACGCAACAUUUCUUGAAAUCAAUGGCGGCUGGUUUUGAGCUGAACCGAGAGAAAAUGAACUCCGACUUUGGAAUGAAAAGUUGCCCACUCACAUCUCAUAUGUUGCCUGACUACAAUAUUUUAUCUUGAUCUUGUUCAUUUUGGCAUAUUUAACUGCCUAGAAUAUCCACUGUAGUAGUGUGCAUAGACUGCAGGCUAACUGAUGAAGAAUUGGUAGCUAACUUUAGCUAGCUACUGUUAUCCACAAAGAAUUUGUAGCUAAUGUUGGCCAUCCACCCUUCAUAACAUUUAGUUUUUUUUUUUUU